AUGUCGACCUCAACCGAUACCACUCCGGUCGUGCCUCCGACUACCGGCAUGCGGAAAAAUGGUAAAAAUUGGCAUACCACUAAGAAAGCUUUCCGGCCCAAUGCCGGUUUGACCUCAUACGCUAAGCGUCAAGAGGCUAAGAAGCACAGCGAUGCUGUUAAGGAGCUUGAACGUGAGAUGAAGGAGGAGCAUGAGGCUGAACGGAAGGCCCGUAUCCAGCGCAUCAAGGAUCGCCGAGAAGCUAAGGAGGAGAAGCUCCGGUAUGAGAAGAUGGCCGAAAAGAUGCACCACAAGAGAGUCGAGCGUCUCAAGCGCAGAGAGAAGCGCAACAAGUUGCUCAACUCUUGA